AUGUGUAUAUGUGGUUUUGGUGUGGUGGGGGUUGGGUGUGGGUUGGGAGGGGAGUGGGGGGUGGGGGGAUGGGGGGGAUUUGGUGUGGUGUUUGGGGUUGGGUUUUGGGGGGGGGGGGGGGUUUGGGUUGGUGUUUUUUGUGUUGUGGGUGUUGGGGUAGGUGUGUUGGGUGAUGUGGGGUGGGUGUGGUGGGGGUGGGUGUGUGGGGGGGUAUGGGUGGGGGGGUGGUUUGGGUUGGGAUGGAUUUGGUGUGUUGUUUUUGGGGGGGUGGGGUUGGGGGUGGUUUGUAUGGUGAGGGUGGGGGGGGGUGGGGGUGUGUGGUUGUGGUGGGGGGGUAGGGGGGGGGGGUGGUGGGGUGGUUGUGGGUGGGUGGGGGGGGGUUGUUUGGAGGUUUGGGUGGGGUGUGUGUGGGUUGGAGUGUGGGGGGGGGGGUUAUGUGGGGGUUAUGUUGGGUUUGUUGGGGUGGGUUUGUUGGGGUUGGUGGGGGGGGGGGGGAAUGGUUUUGUGGUGGUUGGUGGGGGGUGGGGGUAG